GCCUAAUCGGCUAAUCCCCCUCCGCUUUCAACUCCUCCGUCUCCUCCUCGCUCCAACUCUUCAGCCCUCGAUUCGACGAUUUCCCAUUCUAAAUUUCGAAUCCGCGAGAUCCCCACGUUUCUAGAUGCUUCUCCUCCACCAACGUCCGCUCCCGGCUCCGGCGCUGCGAUCCGAGCCCGCGGUCCGUGCCCCACCGCCUCGCCUUUGGCGGCGGUGGCGGCGGCGGCGGCCUCCUGUCCCCCCGCUCGCCUCAGCCUCCGCUUCCGCGUCCGCCGCUGUGUACACCGUUGGUAACUCCGACGAGGACGCGUUCACCAGGUGCUCCGGGUACCUCUUCGAGGAGGGCGCGGCGACCGAGGGGGAGCUCCCCGCCGCGUACGAUCUCCGCGGCAUCGCCGCCGUCUACCGCCGCAGGCCGCUCCUCGUGCUCCGGCGGACUCUGCAGAUUGGCACCUCCUUCGGCCGAUGGUUUGCGCUGCGCUACCUCGACCGCGCGAAUGAGCGGUCCGAUGACAUGUUCGAGAUCAGGGCUGCUCAGCUUAGGAGGAUACUAUUGGAACUUGGCCCGACAUUUGUGAAGAUUGCACAGGCAGUUUCGUCGCGACCGGAUGUGAUUCCGCCUGCAUACCUUGACGAACUUUCACUACUUCAAGACCGUAUAGCGCCAUUUUCAACUGAGGUUGCUUUUAACAUUAUAGAAACGGAGCUUGGGUUGACACUGGACAUGAUUUUCUCAGAGAUAUCACCAGAGCCUGUUGCCGCUGCAUCUCUUGGGCAGGUUUACCAAGCCAGACUUCGUUCCAACAGGAAGGUUGUUGCUGUCAAAGUACAAAGACCUGGAGUUCAAGCAGCGAUUUCCUUGGAUAUCUACAUCUUGAGAUUCCUUGCUGGUGUGGCCAGGAAGGCCGGCAAACUGAACACUGACCUUCAGGCUGUGAUUGAUGAAUGGGCAUCAAGUCUAUUUCGGGAGAUGGAUUACAGAGCAGAAGCAAGAAAUGGGCUUAAGUUCAGGGAAUUGUAUGGGAAAUUUCGAGAUGUUCUUGUUCCAGAAAUGUAUCUGGAACAGACAAGAAGACGAGUCCUUAUCAUGGAAUGGGUUGAGGGGGAAAAACUGUCAGAAGUCAGAGAUCAAUAUUUGGUUGAGGUCGGAGUAUACUGUUCGCUUUCUCAGCUUUUGGAAUAUGGAUUUUAUCAUGCAGAUCCACAUCCUGGAAAUCUAUUGCGCACAGUUGAUGGGAAGCUAGCGUACUUAGAUUUCGGAAUGAUGGGGGAAUUCCGGCAAGAACUUCGUGACGGAUUUAUUGAAGCCUGUCUUCAUCUUGUUAACCGUGAUUUUGAUGGUUUAGCAAAAGAUUUUGUUACUCUUGGUCUACUUCCUCCAACUGCUCAGAAAGAUGAAGUGACAAACGCAUUGACAGGUGUAUUUCAAAAUGCUGUUGACAGAGGGGUGCAAAACAUAAGCUUUGGUGACCUGUCAGGGAAUCUUGGUCGAACUAUGUAUAAAUUCAAGUUCCAGAUACCUUCCUACUUCUCUCUUGUAAUUCGAAGCCUUGCGGUCUUGGAAGGCAUUGCAAUCAGCUUCAAUCCCAACUAUAAAGUCUUGGGCAGUUCAUACCCAUGGAUUGCAAGAAAAGUUCUCACAGAUAGCUCACCAAAACUUAGAUCAACUUUGCAGACGCUUCUUUAUAAGGAUGGCAAUUUCCAGAUUGACCGUUUGGAGUCUCUGCUAACAGAGUCGCUUCGAGCCAGAACAGAGCAGUCCUUGACCAGGAAUCAGCAAGAGGAAACUGAUAGUUCAAGAUUUGCAAUUAAACAAGUUUUGUCAUUUACACUUACUGAACAGGGUGCCUUUGUGAAGGAUUUACUUCUUCAGGAGAUUGCUAAGGGAUUGGAUGCACUCGGAGUUGCUACAUUGAGUUCCGCAACAUCUGCUGCAGCCUCCAGAUUGCCAUUUGCUCUGCCAUCUCCAUCACCCUCAUUGGAUAAUGAGGAUGCCACUAACUUAAGAAAUCUACAUCGCCUUCUCCUACUUUUAUCCAAGGUCCCUCAGAAGGAGGAAUCAUCUCCAAUUCCAGGAUACAAUGGAAAUGGGGAGGAGAUUGAUGAUAAAGAUGAGGUUUCUCUUGUGUUAUAUGAAAUGAGAUUUCUACCAGAGUUUCUGCCAGUACUUUCUGUCAUUCCUGAGCUUCCAGCAGAGUCCCAGCAACAAUUUCUCCUCCUGCCAGCAGAUUUAACUAAUCGUGUUCUGUCUCGCGCUGUUGCAAGAACCAUUAGAAGAUUAUUCAUAUGAAGAUAAAACAGGUACAGGUUUUCUAUCUCUGCUACCCGAAAGAUUUUAUUUAACAAUCUUCUGAGAGAGCGCUAUAUGUACAGUGAAAAUCUCCCCCAAACAAUACCACUUUCUAGACUAGAAAUCGAAGAUCCACCGUGUAAUUUAUCAUGAUUAAUUUUGAAUUGCAACUCGUCAUGUGCAAGUAAUUUUUUGUAGGGAAUCAUGUAUACAUUGUGAAAAAAGUGGUCUAUAAAAACUUUGCUUAAAUAAAUGC